CAACUUCAAUUAAACCCCCUCUCUCUCCGUCCAAAUCCCGAAAUUAAUUCAAUCACAAGAUCCAAUCCCGAUGCCGACGCCGUCGCCGGAGCAGCCGUUCAAGUGGCACUACGCCGAAUUCGACGACCGCAGCUUCCAAAUCCGCGGCCACACCCUCUUCUUCGUCGUCGUCCUCUUCUCCGUCAUCCUCCUCGUCGCCCUCCUCUUCCUCUACGCCCGCUGGGUCUGCCGCUUCUCCUCCUCCUCCUCCCCCCCUCCUCCACGCGCGCCGCCUCCUCACGCGCCGGCGCGUGGCCUCGACGCGGCCUCCAUCGCCAGCCUCCCGAUCGUCCUCCACGGCCAAUCGGAGCCGAUCAGCUCCGACGGCGAGUGCUGCAUAUGCCUCGGAGUGUUCGGCGACGGGGACAAGGUGAAGCUGCUGCCGCGGUGCCGGCAUUGCUUCCACUCCGAGUGCGUCGACGCGUGGCUCGUGACUCACUCGAGUUGCCCGCUCUGCCGCGCCGCCAUCCGAGUCGACUCGCCCGUUUGACUCGACUCGCUCUUUUCAUUUUUUAUUAUUUUUUUAUUUUAGGAAAAAGAAAAAGAAAAGAGGCCCUCAAAAUGGGGGGAGAUUCUCUCUUUUUUUUUGCAUAGAUUUAAGGAGAAUCUAUUUUGCUGGGAUAUUGUUGCAUUGUGGAUAAUUGGAUAAUUUUAAAUGAAAAAUUUAUAUAUAUGGAUAAUUCUGUUGUUG